AUGGUACAAAUGACUGUUGAUAAGAUGGUCCUGAAGGUUGUGUUUCUGUUGCAGAUGGGCACAGGCCUUCUGACAAACACUUACUUGUUCUUCAUGCAUAGCUUUAUCCUUCUCACAGGAAACAGAAUGAAGCCUACAAACCUCAUUCUCUCCAACUUGGCUGUGGCCAAUUCCUUUGUUAUUCUCUCCAAGGGAGCACAGGAAGUGAUGGAAGACUUGGGCCUGGUGCAUGCCCUGGAAGGUUCUGGGUGCCAAGUCUUCUUUUAUUUCCAUAGGAUGUCUCGAGACCUUUCACUUUGCACCACCAGCUUGCUGAGCUGUUUUCAAGCUGUCACAGUCAGUCCCAAGCACAAGUUGUGGACAGGGCUCAGACGCUGGGUGUCUAGGCAUAUUGGCUGCUCCUGCCUCCUCUGCUGGACUCUUAUUCUGGCCAGCAGCACCAUCUCUCCCAUUGAGAUAAAACUCUUUUGGGAUAACAGUAGUGAUUCCUCAAUGGGGAAUGGCAUGGCUUGCCAGUAUGUGGCCAAUAUGUCUGGCUUGUGUGCAAUCCCAUUAUUCAUUCUGGGUGCCCUGCUGAUGACACUUAUGGUGGUAGCCAGCAUGCACAUGGUAUGUCUCCUUUACAGACAUCAUCAUAGGGUUCAACAUGUUCGAAGUUGCAGCCUCAGCCUCACCCACAGGACCUCCCCUGAGAUGCGGGCCACUCAUAGCAUCCUGCUCUUGGUGGCUGGCUUCAUCCCCUUUUACUUUCUCAACUCAAUAUACAUAUUCUAUGACAUAAAAUCUUUUAGUUCCUCCUGGUGGCUGCAACACUCCCUGAAGUUUUUUGCCAUGUGUUUCCCCUCCCUGAGUCCAUUGGUGCUAAUUUUCCAGAACCCCAGAACUCUGAGCUCUUGCUUUUAG